AUGGCAUACCUACAAGAAAAAUCCAACGAUAAGCUAGACAUCGAACGGGACUCUAGCCGCAACGGCUCGGAGAAACCGCCAGUUGUGGCGGACGUCUUCGAGGAAAGCCCGGAUAAUGAUUUCCACUACAAGACGCUUAGUUGGCAAUUUGUUGCCCUGUUGAUGAUAGCUGAGAUCGUCAGCAACGGGAUGCUGUCGCUGCCCUCCUCACUGGCGGUCGUUGGGAUCGUGCCCGCGCUCAUCUUGAUCAUCUUUCUUGGCGUCUUUGGCUUGUUUACAGCCAAACUGUUGGUUGACUUCAAGUUGAACCAUCCCAAUGUUCACAACAUGGGCGAUGCUGGCUACAUUCUCGGCGGUCCAGUCGUUCGGGAGAUUCUUGGCCUAGGAACUAUCAUCUUCGCCAUUUGCGGCACAGGGUCUGAAAUAUUAUCUGGCCAGCAAGCAUUAUCCGUCUUAUCGAAUAACGGCCUUUGCGCGAUGUACCUUGUCCUCAUCUUCUCCGCGGCAGUGCUCGUUGUUGCCUUGCCUCGUACUUUGGAUCGACUGAGCAACUUAGGGCUCGUUAGUGCCUGCUUCAUCACUCUUGCGGGCCUCCUAGCGAUGAUUGCUGCUGGACGGAACCCAGUACCUGGCCGUGUAAUCAGUGCAACAAUACAGUCUAAUUUCUUCACGGCGUUUCUAGCCAUCACCAAUCCGGUCUUCUCUUAUGCUGGUCACUUCAUGUUCUUUAUCCUAAUAUCGGAAAUGAGAAGGCCACAGGACGCCAUGAAGGCCGCUUGGUGCCUUCAAGGCUUCGCAACGGUCUUCUAUUGCAUCUUCGCCAUCGUAAUUUAUGUGUACGUAGGCAAUACGGUGGCCUCGCCGGCUUUCCUCUCCUUACCACCGGUGUGGGCAAAGAUAACUUUUGGUGUCGCUUUGGGUAAUUUCUUGAUCGCGGGAGGCCUCUAUUCUCAUACCGCCGCCAAGUUAGUUUUCGUUCGAUUCUUCCGGGGUACCCGACACAUGUAUAAGCAUACCGUUGUCGGAUGGUCCGUCUGGGUGGUACUUUGCUUCUUGGCAGUUGCCAUCGCCUUCGUCAUGGCCAUCGCUGUUCCGGUAUUCUCCUACCUGAUUGGAAUAUCGGCUGCCCUGUUUGCAUCCUGGUACACAUACGGGCUGGCUGGAUUCUUCUGGUUGCACGACGCGUACCAUCUAGAAGGCGGUUUCCCCGCAUGGAGACGGAUGAAAUUCCAGACUACUCUGGCCGUGUUGACCAUCGUUGCUGGUGCAUUUAUAUGCGUCGCUGGAACAUAUGUUUCGAUCAAGUUGAUAAGUGAUGCCUAUCGUGAUGGACUUGUGGGGAAGCCGUUCACAUGCUAA